GGAUAAGGAUAAGGAAACUUUUUUCCGCUGCACGUGUUUUCCUUUCGGGAAAUUCAUCAAAGUGACCAAGAUAUUGAGAAAGUUGCAAACUGCGCUCAUUCUACGCUAGAUGGUCAGUUAUUUCAUCCUCUUUUCUCAACUGAAGUUCUUUGGAAAGACUCUAAGUACUCCUGGAUCCCUCCAAUUUUCAAAUCUUUCAUCCAUAUUUUGAAUCAAGGGCAACCAUGAAACUUGGCGAUAUCUUUCCAAACUUCGAGGCCGAAACCACCGAUGGUCCUAUCACAUUUCACGAGUGGCUGGGUGAUUCAUGGGGCAUUCUUUUUUCACACCCGGCAGACUUUACUCCUGUCUGCACAACUGAGCUGGCUAGAGCCGCCACCUUGCAUCCAGAAUUUGCCAAAAGAAAGGUCAAGCUAAUCGCGUUAUCGUGUGAUGCUGUAUCCACUCACAAGUCAUGGAUAAAGGACAUCAAGGCUUAUGGUAACCUACCACAUGAAGGAAACUUUCCGUUCCCGAUCAUUGACGACGUCUCUCGCAAAUUGGCAGUGGAUCUUAACAUGCUGGACCCUGAUGAGAAGAGCAAAGAUGGCCUACCGUUGACCUGCAGAGCUGUUUUUGUCAUUGAUCCUCGAAAGAAAUUGAGAGCUAGUAUACUAUAUCCUGCAUCCUCCGGUCGAAACUUUGACGAGAUUCUGAGGCUAGUUGACUCCUUGCAAUUAACGGACCGCCAUCAGGUAGCGACUCCAGCUGAUUGGAAGAAUGGAUUCAAGUGUGUUAUUCAACCAACAGUCAGUGAUGAAGAUGCAAAAAAUGUCUAUAAUUAUGAUUUUGACACCUACCCCUUACCAUCCAACAAAGGAUAUCUGAGAAUGGUGAGACAACCUGAAUAGGUAGGCAGGAGUUAAAAUAAAAAUAUUCACUUAAUUUUUUUCUUUCUUGUUAUUUGCAAUGCAGUCAUGUGUAAGGUCACCGCUACAGUACAGAAAUCAUAUGAUUUCUUAGGACUUUUGAACCAACUUAUAAAUUAAAAUAAAACAACGAAUUUGAAUUUUCAUGGAAGGAAAAUGUUUAAAUCAUGUCAAAAGUUAUCGAUUUAAAUCCUUGAAUUUUCCUUAAAGCGUAUUUUCGUUGUUGAUUGGCUGAAUAUGAGCGCUGAAUGGUGGCUAGCAUAAUCGUGCGGGGAAAGAUUUGAGGUUAGGUUUUUGAAAUUGAUGCUUGUUGGAUGCCAUCUUCUGCAUCGGGUCAUUUCUCAAUCCUACGUGUUUUAGAAUUUACUUUUAGCUCCAAUGUUUGCCAGAACUCCAUCUUCUAUCCGUUUGGUGAGUCCUGAUUUGGUCCUGAAAAAUUAUGAUCGCAUCAAAGAAAGAUACAAAAUCUUAUGAUCUACCCAUUUCGGCUUGACCGAUCCACAACAAAAAUACGCUUUUAAUGAUCUAUGCCAUUUUUGUAAAACUGAGUACCUAGUUGGAACAAUUUUGCUUUUAAAUGAUAAUGAUAAUUCAGAUUUAAAUUACAUAUUGAUAUUUUAUUUUUGCAACACUUACGACCUUGAUGUUGAAGUAAGUUUUCGUAUCCUAAAUCCUUUAUUUUCUUACUCUAGCUUACUUUUCAAUUCUUUUUUCUACCAUAAAAAUUUUAAAAAGUAGGGUAUGACAGGAACUUUAGAGAACGAUUCUUUAGACCGAAAUAAAACUAUUUUGUUCUAUGACCAAUUUGUGAUUGAGCCAUUUUAAGGAGGACUAUAUUUUUAGAGGAACUUUUUUGAAAAAACUUGAAGGUGUCAUAUCACUUACUUAAAAUGAUUUCAAAGAAAAAAUUUUAAGGGACAAAAAACAAGCCCUCUUUACAUCUGAAGAAUCGCUCUUUCAAGUCUCUUUCACUCGACUCAGGCACUCAGCAUAGAGUAGUAACAUGUCAUGUACUCCGUUUUUCAUGGUGCCAUUCACAUAACUUUAUUAUCAAUAAGCAUUUGUUAUUUUUUUUUUUCACUUUCCUAUAUCUAUUUUUUCUUUUUGCGUUUUGUAAAUUUAUGCAUUAUGUGCUGGAAUUUCUGUUAUAAAAUUUUACAGUACAAAAAUUUGAUGUUGUGGUGUAAUUUUAAGUUAUUGGAGGCAUUUAUUUUCGUGCAUUUACUUGUUAAUAUUUUUCAAUUCUACUUCUGAAACUCAAUAAAAUGUUUUUUAAAGUUUA